ACUCCCUACUUCUACAUCUCGAUAAAAGAGUGAGUCCUUCACCUGGAUGGCUCAUACUUCCAGUGCUCAGCAGAUAUGGCACCGGUGACCGGCUCUCUCAUUCUUCUAAUUUUGUGCUGUGCAGGGGCCUUAGCAGACUACUAUGACGAACCACCACGACUACCAGAGAAACCUGGACAAUGUCCCCUAGAACCAUUAGCAGAGAGUCCUCCUAACAUUUCUCCUGAUCGGUGCAAAUCGGACGAUGACUGUUAUGGAAAACAAAAGUGCUGCAGGGUUCGGGGCGCCAGACGAUGCAUAAAUCUCAUCGUGGAGAAGCCCGGAACAUGCCCACCACCACUGACCGAUUGCCCAUCCGAUCUGCCACCUGGAAUAUGUAAAGUGGACAGUGAUUGUCCAGGAAAACAGAAAUGCUGCUUCAUAAAUUGUAGCUUAUGGUGAAUCAAUGUGUAAUAAGUGAUGUGAGGCGGCCGGAUGCAUCUCCGUCCCUCACAGCGGAGGACACAUCGCCGAUCAGCCUCAGUAAUUCUCUCUUCUCGCGGCUUUUCCUUCUCUAGUUGCAGAUAACCCUGGGAGGUGACAGCGGUGAAGACACUCAGGGCCGGAUCCGCUGCCCCAGGUGCUCAGUCUGAAUACACCCCCAUUAUAGCCAGAUUCCUCCUCCUUCUCAGCGAUCAUAGUGACAUUUAUCAAUGUAAUAAAGCAGAAGAUGAAAAAUGA